AUAUCAUACCAGCAUUUACCAGAGAAAGAGUGAGGACUGAAGACUUGAACAUCAUUCUUUCUUUCACACUGAAGCCGCAGGUGCAAGUCAUAAUGGUAAAAUCCAGUUCUAUACUAGACAAAGGUAGCAUUAACAAACAUAUUUGAAACCCGGCAACAACUAAAUCAUUGAACAAUGGUGGAGACGUCAGAAGCCAUCGUGAAUACAAGACUUGCCCAGCUAAAAGAUGCACAACAAAGCUUUGAUAAAGAAAAUAAAUUUCAAAGUCCCAGGAUCCAAAGGGCACCUAUGUUUUUGCGACAAAAUGACAAGUGUGCUAAAUAUUUCUCCCCAAAGAUGAUCUCAUUCGGUCCCAUCCAUCACGGCAGUCCAAGCCUUAAGCAAGGAGAGCGUUACAAGCUUCUAUGGACAUCAAAAUUUGUUGCCGAAUAUAGUGAAAAAACGAAUCAAGAUAAAGACGUAGCAGCUAAACUUUUGCUGAAAAGGAUAGAAGAUAAUAUGGAAGAGUUGAAGACGUUGUUCACUGAGGAUGCAAUCAAAGAUUACAAGGACAAGGACAGUGACCUGGCUUGGAUUUUGUUUGUUGAUGGAUGUUCUUUGCUCCAUUUCCUGGAAAAUAUUGACGAACACCGUCCGGAAUCACUAAACCUUAAGUUUGACCAACUAAUGUAUAUGUGGAGAGACACGGCGUUGUUGGAGAACCAACUUCCAAGAAGAUUGCUUGAGAUGCUAAGCAAUAAGGACUUGGAAUAUUUAAUGAGCAAUUGCAAUGACAUGGGUGAAACCAAACAACGUGGAAUGGUAACGAUCUCAAUUCAAAAUCGUAAACCAAUUCAUUUACUCGAUUCUCGUCGCUCAGUGUUCCUUUCAACCCUUAAGGAGUUUCCCACGGACAAAUACAAUGAGAUGGAGAAGGAGAUAGAUACAAUCCUAAACCAACAAAAAAAUGAUGCUGAUGAAUGCAAUAUUCAAAUUGAUACCUUUUCAGGUUGGCAUACUUAUAAGAACAUACGAGAUCUUAAAACAGCAGGGAUUCGAGUGAUGCCAAUGGCAGAUGAGUCAGACAAUUAUGCAUGGAGAUGGAAUAACGUGUCUUUCACCUCUAAGAGGUUUAGCGGCGAAUUGAGGCUCCCAGUGUUUGUGUUCAACGAUGUCACGCCGUAUGUGUUUUGGAACUUCAUAGUUUACGAGUUAUGUCCAGAUGUUGGUUACAACUAUGAAUGUUGCUCAUUCUUUUCCUUCAUGGAUUCAUUGAUUGACACUGCAGAGGAUGUGAAGGAGCUUAGAUUAGCAGGUGUGUUUCAAAACUUGCUUGGAACCGACGAAGACUUGGCCAAGCUAUUUAAUGAAUUGGGAGAUGAUUUGGCAACUAAAAUGUACUGCGACAAAUUCUACACACAUGCAGUGGCCUACAGCAAGAAAUAUAUUUUGGUGAAGGAGCAAAUUGAAAAGCAUUACAGCAAUAAAUGGAAGACAUGGUUGGCUGAAUUUUACAAUACUCAUUUCAAUACCCCUUGGGCCAUGAUUGCCUUUUUGGCUGCAUUACUGGCAUUACUUCUCACUUUUAUCCAAACCUGGUUCGCCAUAUAUCCCAAAAAUUGAAAAUAUUGGAGUACUGUUUGCGUGUCUGUAUAUGUAUGUAUGAGUGUGUGUUUAAUGUAUAAUAAAUAAGGUCGCUCUAUGACCGACACAGAAUAAUAAUUUUUAGGGUUGGGAUCCAAAUUGCAUAAACAACGUUCCUGCUUGGGAUAACUUACGUGUCAUUUUUCUAUCAUAUGAAAAUUUCCUGUUUAGAUGUUCAUGCGUGCAGUACUUUGCACGAGUAUAUUAUUUGUAACUAUAAUUUGCUAUGAGGUAAAGCUAAUGAGUUUCUUGUUUUAAUGAUCAAUUCUAUCCUAAUUUAUCAU